AACUCCUACCACUCAGAGCCUAAGUGCUGCGCUACAAUACGAGAGAACACGAUAGCUUCAUUCAAGUACGCGGCUGAGAACGGAGCUGACAUGGUGGAGACAGACGUGCAGCUCAGCAAGGAUCUUGUUCCUGUUAUUUAUCACGACUUCCACGCGUGCAUCGCCCUCAAGCGCAAAAAGGAUCAGGAUGCGCCAGAUCUCCUCGAAAUACCCAUCAAGGAUCUCACUCUUGCUCAGCUGCAGGCUCUUAAGGACUUGUCUCACCUCACAGUCGGCAUACCUGAAGACAUCUUCUCCUACUGCGACCCUGACGACAUGAUGGUGUACCACAGGAAAGAGAAGGGUCUGAGUAAGUUCAGUGAUGAAGCGUUCGAGGACCACCAGCCGUUCCCUACCCUGGAGCAGUCGCUGAAGGCGGUGCCCCACACGUGCGGCUUCAACGUCGAGAUAAAGUGGACCAUGCAGCUGGCUUGUGGCACCUACGAGCUGCGGCAUCCCUUCGAGCUCAACCGCUUCCUGGAUCUUAUCAUCAAGGUUGUUCUGGAACACGGCGGCCGCAGAAAGAUCGUGUUUUCCAGCUUCCAUCCCGACAUCUGCUCAAUGUUGCGUCUGAAGCAGAACCGUUACCCGGUGCUCUUCCUGACGCAGGGAAUAACCGAGCUGUGGCCGCCCUAUGACGACUACCGCUGUCAGAACAUACGACAAGCUGUGCUCUAUGCCACCUCUGCUGAUAUUCUCGGCAUCAACCUGCACACCGAGGAGCUGCUCAGGGACCCUGACCAGAUGAAGCUGGCGCUGCAGAAGAACCUCGUCGUCUUCUGCUGGGGCGAGCACAACAACGACCGCAGCACCAUAGCCUACCUCAAGAGCCUCGGCAUGCACGGCAUCAUCUAUGACAAAAUUGACGUGUACAACAACAAGGAGGAGAAGAAGAGCAUCUUCAUGUGCGAGGAGCGCGACAGCAUCUCGGGCCACUGCGCGCUGGCUAAAGAAAUCGCGUGCACGAGCCCCGCGUCGGACAGCAAUAGCGCCUCGGAAGGCGCCAGCUCACGUUGCAGUGAUUUAUCCAUUUCUGACAUUGAAAAGCUUUAGUAAUCUAAAGAGAACUUUUAAUCUACCAUGUUGUUGAAUUUUUCAUUUGUUGAACACGCGAUGCAUUGGAGGGUGUCAGUUUUACAACUUGUUGCCUUUCUGAACAAGAUUAUUAUGAUGGUAUCAAAACCUGUAUUUUCUUGCGACAUUAUCAUGUUGACGCUUCCUAUCCGUUGAACAAUAAUGUUUCCUUCUUCGAAAGAGUUACGUUAGUCAGUAGAUUUAAACCGGUUCUUUUUAUGUUGUUGUUCUUUGUUAAAUGAAAACCCUGUUUCAGCACAUGUCCAGUUUACCAUCGCUGUAUGCGUCGUGAUAUCCGUCUAUAUUUUAUCUCAUUAAACAGCGGUCUGGGAAGCACACAUCGGGCUGUAUUUUAGAAGGUUAUGCGCCGAUCUUUGAGGCACAGAUCGGGCUGUAUUCUAACAUUGACCAAGUUCUGCAUGUUUUUAUUUUCGCAAGUUUUCUUUGCAUAGUUCAAAUUAUAAUAUGAUAACGAAACAAAGGUUGAUCUUUUAGACGACGUCCAUAUUUGUUAUUCUUAACGCCCUUACUUACUACAGGACAUUUAAUGUACAGGGCAACACAAGAACCUUAAUCUUUCCUAUCUAUUACCUGGUGGAUUUUCGUCCACAAUUGAUACUGGAUUUGAUUGUAGAAACUUUGUUGGUGUUGUGCUAACACUUGUACAAAUUGCAAGUUUUUGGCCUUAGUUAUAAAAUGUAUGCUCCGCUUGAUGCAACUGGCCUCAAGGCCAGCGAAUCGGGACUGGGCUAACAUAUGUUCCUCACCAACUGAAACAUAAAAAAAACGUGAAAUUUUGAACACGGUUCAAAGUGUAUCGAAUACCUCGGACAAAGGAGCAAUAUUCUGAUUAUUUAAGAAGUCUUUAGUACGAGAAUAAAUUAUUUUACACUUCCUACCUCAUUUGGUUAACUGUACUCCAACGAAAUACAGCAAUAUUAAUAACUAAACAUGACGCACACUGCUGAAUAAAUCCGGGAUCAAAGUCACUUGAUCGCGAUUACACUUUAUAGCUCUUCGGUUUCAGCAUUUGUACAUUCUUGUUCGAUUUUAUUAUUAAGCUGGUCCCAAUUUAACGGGACCCUGCGAGAAACCAUCAUCAUCGUCAUCACGUCAACUGAUAUUUUGUGUUGCCUUCGUGCAUUGAAAUCAUUAUUCGUAGUUUUAGUUCGUUCGUAUUCUUUCGCAGCACAAUGUGCUCAUGGACUUCAUUUUCUCAAUGAGCCUAUAACAAUACCUGACUUUAUACCCAUAUUACAAUCGCUGACUUAACUCCUAUCUAGUAGGUAGCCUAGAAUAAAGCAUUGCAUCUUUUUUAUCUUUGCAUCAAGUUGUUCACGAUUAAUGUCGAAGCUUAACUCAAUGUUUGCGCCAAUGAAUGAUUAGAUUUAAGAAAGAAAAGCAAGCGUCCCAUGACUGAUGACUGUUGGAGUGUAAAUAAUGGCAGGAGUCGCCCAGCUCCACAAAGCGUUGCCGCCUUCCAUCUCGCACACAAUAAUAGGAUACCAUAGUUUACAUUGUGCCGCUCCUCGGCAUAUAUGUACCUAGUUAUCAUUAUGAGGAUUAUCAUUGAAACCUUGAUCUUAAGCUCUGAACUAUAAUUUAGAGCCUCCAAUCUAGUGACUUAGAUUUCUUUCUAAGGUCAUUCUAGGAGUAUAAGGAUACUAGCUUGGCCAUAGCUGUAACCUGAAAUAUUGGUACGACGUUGCAGUGCGAUUGAUUUAGUGAAUGAUUACGUUAUCCGCUUCUACGGCGGUCUGAGGUUGUCCAUGUUAUUAGUUAUAACAAAUUUAUUUAGACCUAACGGUGACCUGUAAGUCUUGAGACAUACUCCAAUGAUACUCUUUUUUUUGUGUUAAAACAUCGUAUGGUUAAGUUGAAUCACACUCCUCACAGCUCGCGCGACGGAAUGUUGUAACCGCUCCUCUGUCUUCCAGCAUUCUCCGCGCCACAAGUUAUGCAUACCAAGCAGUGGUUGGCUUUCGUUUUUAGGUGGUGAUCCUGCAAACCUUUGUUCUAAGCUUGAUGCGGUUCUCCUUGUUUUCAAUAAUUUAACCUUCUUCCUGUGAAUACAUUAACCGUCGUCAAUGCUUUUCUCAAAUGACGGCCUUGUAACGUAAAUUACAGUCAGGGCGUUAAGGUGUCCGCGACGUCGCUGUUAUUGAUGAUAUUUGGGCGCAGGGCUGCCUGCAUCGAAGUCCCAUCGUGGUCAGUAAAAUGAUUCAGUCCAGAACACGGGAUUCCUUUCACGCGUUCAAGCGAGAGAAUGCUCGCUUAUUAUUAAAAAUAAAAAAUUUCCAGUAUGAACUCGUCCACCAAGAGCAACAAAGCGAAGCAUGUUGCUCAAGAUUGUCCACUCGGCCUUUGCCAAUUAAUAAAGCAAAUUCAACAUGAUACAUCUUUUCUGCUAUUGAACUUGGUCAGUCACCAUCAAUGAAACAAAAUAAGCACCGUUUGCUGACACCUAUGAUGCUUCUCCAUUAUAAUGUCGGGGAGUUCGUCUUGAUUUUAGUACCUAUUGUUUUUUCAAUCACUUCGAUGCGAUGCCUGGCUUUAAUCAUCACAUCGCUGAUUGAACUGCGCAUUCAACCAUAUUAUAGUAACUUCUAUUAUAAAUUCGUCUAUUACCCUUGUCAACAG